GAAUACAAAGAAACAAAAGACGAACAUGUCCUGGCUAAGAAAUAUUCGUGUCGUAGUUGGUUUAGAUUUUGGCACUACUUAUUCGGGGUUCACUUAUUGUCAUGUUGAAAACAGCAAGGACAUUCGCACAAACGAUAAAUGGCCAGGGGAAGUGAACUUGAAGACAAACACUGUACUUCAAUACGAUUCUAAUUUUAGAAAUGUCGUAGCAUGGGGAAAUGCGGCAUUAUCUAAACGACCGAAUCAAAGGAUUAGGAAUGAAACGAGACCAGUUGAAUUAUUUAAAUUAUAUUUGGGUAAAUUGAAACAAGAUCUUAGACCGAGACUACCGGUUGAACUUGGAUCAGAUGGUUAUAAGAAGGCGAUCACUGAUUAUCUGCGUGAACUUGGAGUGAGAAUCAAGGAAAUGGUUGAGAAAUGGGAGGGAGUUGACUUUACAGAAAAUGUUCUUUUUGUUCUUACCGUUCCUGCAGAAUACUCAGAAAUAGACCAAGAUAUUAUGAGAAAAUGCGCACAUAAAGCGAACCUCAUUAAAGAUAAAGACUCGCCAAGGCUACAAUUUACCACAGAACCCGAAGCUGCUGCAAUUUAUUGUAUGGAAAGUAAACUAAAGGAAUAUGAUCUGUUAAAGGCGGGAACGACAUUUAUGAUUGUGGACUGCGGUGGUGGUACCGUAGACUUAACUACUCGUAAGUUAAAUGGAAUUGAACCGUUGCAAUUAGGUGAAGUUACCGAACGUAUUGGAGAUUUCUGUGGAAGCACAUUUAUCGAUAGAUUAUUUGUUGAGUUUUUACGGGAAAAACUUGGAACUAGUGCCAUAGAUCUAUUAAUAGAAAAUCACUAUGGUCAAUUACAAUAUAUGGUUCAAGAAUUUUGUAGGCGUGUGAAAGAACCUUUCACAGGAGAUAAUGUAUUAUUUCGUUAUGAUCUGGAUAUCGAAGAAAAUGCUCCAGUUUUAUUACAAUAUGUCAGUAAAGAAGUCAGAGAAAUCAUGGAAGAAGAAGAAUGGUUGAUUGAAAUUACAUAUCAUGACGUAAAAUAUUGGUUUGAUCAUACUAUAGACAGAAUUAUUAAUAUGAUACAUAUACAACUUUCAAAUAGUAUAAAUAAUGGAGAAACUUGCUCUGCAAUGUUUUUGGUUGGAGGAUUUAGUGAAAGCAAAUAUUUACAAAAAAGAAUUAAACAAGAAUUUCAAAAAGAGAAUGAAGAGAAUAAAUUCAAAAUUAUUCCUCCUAAUCAACCCAUAGCAGCGAUUGUUCGUGGUGCAGCUAUGUAUGGACUAAGCUUAAAAAAUUCCUCUAAUGCACAUAGAAUGGAUAAACUUAAACGAUCAGUGAUUCGUUCACGUACUUUAAAAUUCACGUACGGUAUAAAAAUUUUAGGUAAAUGGAAAAGUCAUCUACAUCCACUUAGCCGUAGAGUAUUUGAUGAUAGAAUUCAUCUUUUUGAACCCUUUGUAAAAAGAGGGGUAGAAGUAGAAGUUGACAAAGAAUUUCCAAAAUCCGGUUAUAAGCCUCUUAAUUCAUCUCAAAAAGCCUUAAAAUUCGAAUUGUAUAAAACUACCAAACAUAAUGCAACAUAUCAUGAUGAAGAUGGAAUGGAGUUAGUAGGAACACUACGAAUUCUCCUUCCAAAUGGGUUUAAUCAUUCAAUAACAUUUGGAUUUUCUUUUGGUCAAAUGGAAAUUACAGCAUUUGCACAGAAUGAAGCCAAUGGACAGAAUUUUCAUACAAAAUUCGAUGUAAAUGAACCUUAAAGAUAUUAAUUAAUUAAUUUCUUUUUUUAAUUAAAUAUCUGUAUUUAUUUAUAAGAAUAUUAUAUAUUAA